CAUCUUCGUCUGCUGAAUGUUUGAUAAUAGUAAAAAAAAAAAAGGAAAAACGUGUGUUGUGUUCCAGAAUGAAAUAGGCGAAGAACAUGGUGCUAAAACUUGAAACUGUACUAAUUGUAUUGUUAUAAAUUUAACUCAAAAUGAAUUUGUUACGGACAACUCGUUUCAACCAUUUUGAUAUUAAAAAUAUCCGUCUCGGAUGCUUGACCACACACCUUCAGUCAAGUGAGAUUUUUCUCGGUGGUCAAAAGUCAUAUGUUCAUAUCUCGGCAAAGAGAUCUAAAACAAUAAAAGAGAUGAGAGAGCUCAAACUUAAUAAGGGCGUUGUAAAGCCUGUUGUUGAAAUAGACAAUGUUCCGUCCUCUGUUAGAGCUGCAAUAGGAAAGAGGAAGAUAGAACUUUCUGAAGUGAAAACGGAUGUUGGAAAAAGAGAGGAACUGACAUUGGAUAAACUAGAAGACAAACUUCGGUCUAUUCAAUGGGAUAUGAAUGCCAUUUUGAAAAAGGCUGAUGAAUCGCAAAGUCCAGAUGAUCACCAGAUAAUAGAGAAAGACGAAGAGAGUCUUGAUGGAUUCACAGAAAUCGUUAACAUUGAUCCAGAAAAAUAUUCAAAAAGACGUAAAAGGAAAAGCAGACUUACUGAAUCAACGUCGCUACCAGAUCCUAGCAUGCCAAUAUCAGAUAUUCCCUGUAGAGGGUGUGGUGCCAAGUUGCAUUGUCAGAAUGCUUCAUUAGUUGGCUAUAUUUGUAGCUCAAAGCUGAAAUCAUCUACCAUUGAAGAGCUCCAAGACACCAUGUGUGAAAGAUGCCACUUGUUGAGGACACGUAAAGUUACUCUACCAGUUGAAGUUGAUGAGGAUCAAAUUCCAAAGUUGUUUGAAAGUAUAAGAUCUGAAAGGUGUUUGGUUCUGUUAAUACUUGAUUUACUUGACAUCCGUAAUAGUAUUCCAAAAAAUAUUGUAGACCUGAUCGGUCCAACAAAGGAUUUAUACAUUGUAGGAAGUAAGGUUGAUAUGAUUCCAAAAGAUGGAGAUGGCUUCCUUGAGAGGGUGGAGUCAGGACUUGUUAGUGCCUGUAUGGAUGCAGGCAUUGAUGUGCAUGCUAGUCAUGUCCGUCAUAUCGGACUAAUCAGCAGUCUUACUGGUUAUGGCAUUGAAAAUCUUGUUACAAAACUUCUGAGUGAUUGGGAAUUAAAAGGAAAUGUUUAUUUCGUUGGGAACAUGAAUGCUGGAAAGUCAACGUUGUUUAACGCUCUGCUGCGGUCAGAUUACUGUAAAUUUUCUGCUCGAAGUGGACUACCAAGGGCGACUGUGGCUGACUGGCCAGGAACAACUGUGAGUGUUCUCAAAUUCCCCAUUACCACUCCCAUGGGGUGGAAGUUAGCAAAGCGUGCUGCACGAUUUGGUAAGCACAGAAAUAGUUACCAGAAGGAACUAGAGCUAAGACGCUCCAAGGCAAAGGAAGGCAACUGGAAAUACGCCUCAGUGGCAGGCAUUGUGGCCGCCACAGAUUUCCGGGAUGAAGCCGAUAUAAUAAAGUCUUACCACGAAAAGGACAGGUACAAAGGCUACGACUCCCCUAUGUAUGAGUACUCGGCUGAUAAGGUGAUCGUCAAGAGGGAUACUAAACCUCCCGAGCCAAAGACAAAGUUUGACCCAAAGAAGUAUGAAAGAGCAAAAUGGCUGUGUGAUACCCCAGGUAUCAGAAACACAGAAUCAAUGAUGACCUAUCUACAUCCAGAUGAACUGUGUGCCAUCCUCCCCCAAAAUGUAAUGAUGCCACGCCCCUUCCUCCUCCAACCAGGAGAUGUUAUCUUUGUUACAGGGCUGGGGAGACUCGACUACCUCGAGGGAAAUUCUAAAGUAUUGAUCACAACGUUUGUGAACUCCCGGCUUCCCGUGAUCAACUCUACACUGGCUGAGGCAGACGAAUUAUACAAGGAAAAUAUUGGCAAAGACCUAUUCCGGGUGCCGAUAGGUGACCAGGAUAGGCUCGACAAAAUACCAGCUCUGGUUGGCAAAGAGUUUGUGAUCGAGAGGACUGAUUACCAGACAGCGGCUGCUGACAUACAGAUGUCCUCUCUUGGUUGGGUGUCUGUGACCGUACUCUUCGGUGAGAUGGGUGACCCAGUCAAAGUGAAGGUGUACACUCCAGGAGGAAAAGGACUCUACAUGCGCUGCCCAGCCCUUCUUCCCUACACCCAUACAUUCAAGGGUAAACGAAUCAAACACACACAGAGAUACAGGAUACGUAAACCAUUGGUGUGAUGUUGUGUUACAGUAUAGCCAACCAGAUAUAACAUUUAGCACACAGAGAUACAUGAGACGUAGACCAUUGGUGUGAUGUUGUGUUACAGUAUAGCCAACCGGUUAUAACAUUUAGCACACAGAGAUACAUGAGACGUAGACCAUUGGUGUGAUGUUGUGUUACAGUAUAGCCAACUGGUUAUAACAUGUAGCACACAGAGAUCCAUGAGAUGUAAACCAUUGGUGUGAUGUUGUGUUACAGUUUAGCCAACUGGUUAUAACAUGUAGCACACAGAGAUCCAUGAGAUGUAAACCAUUGGUGUGAUGUUGUGUUACAGUUUAGCCAACCGGUUAUAACGUGUAGCACACAGAGAUACAUGAGACGUAAACCACUGGUGUGAUGUUGUGUUACAGUAUAGCCAACCGGAUAUAGCAUGUAGCACACAGAGAUCCAUGAGACGUAAACCAUUGGUGUGAUGUUGUGUUACAGGAUAGCCAACCAGAUAUAACAUUUAGCACACAGAGGUACAUGAGACGUAGACCAUUGGUGUGAUGUUGUGUUACAGUAUAGCCAACCGGUUAUAACAUUUAGCACACAGAGAUAC